UACUAUGCUGGUUCACUUCUGUCUAUGCACAUGUUGUCCCGAGCACAUGUUGUCCAGGGGGCUAAGUGCAGCAGCACAAAAAUACACUCGAGCAAGAUAGACUUGGUGGAUUGGUGUUACACUCUAUGAUUCAGACAGUGCAGCAGACACUGCUACAGACCGGACAACGUCUUCUCUGGGUUUCAAGUUGCCUUGAUUUAGAAAGCUGCCUUGAUUUAGAAAGCUGCCUUGAUUUGGAAAGGAUGGACACGCAGACGAAAGGGGAAAGGACUUGGGAAGCCUCCGUGCCCCAGCUCACCAACUCCCCCACUCUGAUUGUGAUGGUUGGACUGCCUGCCAGGGGGAAGACAUACAUAUCCAAGAAGCUCUCCCGCUACCUCAACUGGAUAGGAGUUCCAACAAAGGUCUUCAACUUGGGCCAGUAUCGCAGGGAAGCAGUCCAGAGCUACAAGAACUUUGAGUUCUUCAGACCGGACAAUGAGGAGGCCAUGCAGAUUCGCAGGGCCUGUGCUACAAAUGCCCUUGAAGAUGUAGUUAUCUACUUCUCAAAGGAACAUGGACAAGUAGCCGUGUUUGAUGCCACCAACACAACACGGGAGAGGAGGAUAUCCAUUGUGAGCUUUUCCAAGGAAAAAGGCUACAAGGUAUUUUUUGUGGAGUCCAUUUGUGAUGAUCCAGACAUCAUUGCACAGAAUAUCACGGAAGUGAAAGUGAGCAGCCCAGACUAUGUGAACUGUGACAAGGAUGAGGCGCAGGCAGACUUCCUGAAACGUAUCGAGUGCUACAAGCAAACUUAUGUGCCUUUGGACGAUGAGAAAGACAGGCAUCUGUCUUACAUCAAGAUCUUCAACGUGGGCUCUAGGUACUUGGUGAACCGUGUGCAAGACCAUAUACAGAGCCGGAUCGUGUACUACCUUAUGAACAUCCACGUCACACCGCGCUCUAUCUUCCUGAGCCGCCACGGGGAGAGCGAGCUGAACCUUCUGGGUCGCAUUGGGGGAGACUCAGGACUCUCUCCCAGGGGUCACAAGUAUGCCACUGCUCUGGGGGGCUUCAUAAAGGGCCAGCAUAUAAAGGAUCUGAAGGUGUGGACCAGCCAUAUGAAGAGGACCAUCCAGACUGCAGAGCAUCUGGGGAUUCCAUACGAACAGUGGAAGGCUCUCAAUGAGAUUGAUGCAGGUGUGUGUGAGGAGUUGACAUAUGAAGAUAUCCAGGAGAACCACCCAGAAGAGUUUGCACUGAGAGACCAGGACAAGUACCGGUACCGUUACCCCAAGGGUGAGUCGUAUGAAGACCUGGUCCACCGUCUGGAGCCAGUGAUCAUGGAGCUGGAGAGACAGGAGAAUGUGCUGGUCGUGUGUCACCAAGCCGUCAUGCGUUGUCUGCUGGCCUACUUACUAGACAAAACCGCAGAUGAGUUACCAUACCUAAAAUGUCCUCUUCAUACUGUGCUCAAACUUACACCGGUGGCCUAUGGGUGUAGAGUGGAGCACAUUUGCCUAAACAUUGAGGCAGUCAACACGCACAGAGAGAGACCUGGGAAUGUGGACAUAACCAGAAACCCAGAAGAGGCGCUGAAGACUAUUCCUGACCACUUUUGAAUAUGAUUUAGAGGAUAUGGACUCUAGGACCGUACUGAACCAGCAAUAUUAUAUUUUCAAGUUUUAACUUUAUUGCUCGAUCAAUUAUGUCUUAGUACCUUUUCCCGAUUAAACUUGUCAAAAUCAGCAAGUGUCAUAUGGGAAAAAGAUAAGGAAGAAGACUAGAUGAAUAGAAGAUCAAAAAUGACAAACCCCACUGCCUACGGAAACAGUGAGGGGGAAAUGGGCUUUCUGCCUCCAACAUGGGACGGCUAAAGCCCAGUACUGUAUGAGUGUUGUUGACUGACCUAUAACGUCCAAUAAAUGUGCAUCAGUCUACUCUGUCUUACCCUGGUGUCUCAUGUUGAAGUGCAGUUGGACAGGCUGUGUGAGAGGUGGUUUGGCAUGGUAUUGUCACUCCAGUGUGAAAGAGGACAGACAAUUCUGACAUUAGGCUAAAGGAUGACGAAAGUAAAAUGUCCUUCAUUCUAGUAGAUUAAUAAACACAUCUUCUGUUUCUUAAUGAUACAUGUCUGACUACGUGUCAACAUCAUGAACAGUUCCCAAACAAACAGCAUUAGCAGACUCUCUGGUCUUAUAGUUGUGACUGGGUAGAGUUUAGAUUAUUUUUUCCAAACUGGUCCCACGUGGGCAUUGAACCCACAACCCUGGUGUUACAAGCACCAUGAUCUACCAACCGAGCCACAAAGGACUUGAUGGAUGUGAAAAACGGUGUGACUUUGCUAAAGGAGUCUCUUGGCUUGGCUAGAUAUGCAACACUACUGAUUACAUAUUUUUAAGAAAACAUGUUGACAAUAAAUACAUUUGUGACAAUGGUAUAGAUACCACUAGUUAAGACAAAGAGUUUAUUGUACUGAAUAAGUGGAACUAGAUUUAUGAAAUAAAUGGUGAAAUUAAAAUAAAUUGCCACACCAAUUUUUAUAAAUGUUUUACAGAUCAUGCAAACUUUCAUUAUAGCCUAGAUGUCAGA